AUGCCUGUAGAUGUUUGUGUGUUGCUGUGUGUUUUUGUCUGUGUGUCGGCGUGUGUUUGCGUGUUGUUGUCAGUGCUUCCCGAUCUGCUCGCUCCGGUGUCUGACAGCCCCUGUCCUGUUCUUGCACAGCAUAAGCUGAAGUCUUCGCAGAGGGACAAGGUACGGCAGUUCAUGUCCUUCACACAGACUGGGGAGAAGACAGCUGUGUACUGCCUCACACAGAAUGACUGGAAACUAGAAGUCGCCACGGACAACUACUUUCAGAAUCCAGAGCUUUACUGUAAGGAAUCUAUGAAAACCUCAGUAGACCGGAAAAAGCUGGAACAGCUCUACAAUCGCUACAAAGAUCCUCAAGAUGAGAAUAAAAUUGGUAUUGAUGGAAUCCAGCAGUUCUGUGACGAUCUCACGCUGGACCCAGCCAGCAUCACCGUGCUGGUCGUUGCAUGGAAGUUUCGCGCUGCCACUCAGUGCGAGUUCACCAAGAAGGAGUUUCUGGACGGAAUGACGGAGCUGGGGUGUUUGUUGCAGAAAUUGUCUCUCUUUUUUAGGUGUGACAGCCCAGAGAAACUGAAGGCCCUUUUGCCAAGAUUAGAGCAGGAGCUAAAAGAUAGUGGGAAGUUCAAGGACUUCUACCAGUUCACCUUUAACUUUGCCAAAAAUCCUGGACAGAAAGGUCUAGAUCUGGAGAUGGCUGUAGCCUACUGGAACCUGGUCCUGUCAGGACGAUUUAAGUUUCUUGAUCUUUGGAAUAGAUUCCUCUUGGAACACCAUAAACGAUCCAUCCCAAAGGACACAUGGAACUUAUUGUUGGACUUUGGUAACAUGAUUGCAGACGACAUGUCAAACUAUGAUGAGGAAGGAGCGUGGCCGGUCCUUAUAGAUGAUUUUGUGGAAUUCGCUCGACCAAUUGUAACGGGAUCAAAACGUAAAACUCUCUAAAUCCGGUCCUGGAAAACCAGAACUUUGUUUCUUUUACAGUGACUUCAUAGUUUUUUUUAAGACUUGUACAAAAAAAGGUGAAAAUUGUAGACUUCAGAGAGAAAAUAGAAGCACUCGAAACUGUACGGAAACCACCUUUCAGGGAGCUGAGUAGAAACCAUGAGAACUACUGGCCGUAUUUUGUAUAUAUGGACAUUGCCAGGUUCUCAGUUGUCCUGGACGCCCCUCUGCUCUGCCCUAGGAGGAGCUCUACUGCCCCAUCACAGGGCAUGGACACAGCUCUGAGAGGACUCUAAACGGACUGGACAUGAGAAAGCUGUGUGUUUUAAGAUUCUUCCUAGUCGGCUUUGUUUUGUUCUAUGAAGCUCUGAGUGAUCCCAUGUCUGACUCUACCUGUGGGAGAGAAUGUGCUCGCUACACCAGCACCAACAGAACUGAUGCAGUUUUUACUCUAUAUACUGUAUCUAUUGGGACAGUUUACAAAGAGAGCUAUAUGAAGAAUAAUAUAAAUAUGUUCAAUUUAUAAAUGCAAAAGAUGAUUGUUUUAUGUACAGUAAAUGCUAAGAUCUCUAACGGAUGCCUCAAUAUUGUGGAUGAUAUGCUGUUGGUUUAAUUGUUCGGUGGAUUUGUCCAGUUAUGGAAUCGUGAGCUUCUCAUUGAAAGCAUGUUAAACACAUUUACAUCACCUUGGGCUGGUUUCACAAAUAAAUUUCCACUAAAGUAAAGGCAGUGCUUUAAUUUAGAUGAUUGAUCUUGGUUUGUGGUAUUCGUUUGUCUGAAUAAUCUGGGUUGGAGGUGGGUCUGGUCCGUCCUCUCCACACAAUUUUCCAGAAGGUCAUUUCCUAACAGCGAGGAAAGAGUUUUGUUUCACCAGUUUGUCCCGCUGAGGUAUUUUUGAUGCUAAAGCCACCACUCAGCAGCAUUUAAGAAUAAUUAAAAUGUAAGAAAUGACCGGCCUUUAGGAUUGCAUGGCACAUAUCUGUAUGUUGAAGGCCUCAGAUCAGAAGUCAGGACACUAAAGAGGGCGACAGCAGGGCGACAAAGUAAGCCUUAAGAAUAAAUAGCUGUCUGUUGGAUAUUUCUGUUUCUGUUGAAUCCCAUCUGUUCAGUGUUCCUGAAAGUAGUGAAAAUUAGAAUAUAUUGUUGAUACAUCAUGUAAGUAGUCUAAGUAUAUUGUUCAUUUAAGAAAGAUGAAUAAAGCAUGAGUUUUUCCAAAA